AUGCUCGACCAAAAAAUACAAAUGAUAGCAAUGACUCGUGGAGGACAAUCACUACACAGCGCAACCAAAUGUGACGCCGAAAUCCAAACUUACACUUCCUGUCUAAUUCCAAGUGGAUAUACAGAGGGCGACAGCGUACCCGUAGUCGCGGUUAAAGUUUACGGAAACGAUGGUCGUGGAAUCACAACGUAUGCCCUGUUGGAUCAAGCCAGUGAAGCAUCAUUCAUUCACAGAAGUUUAGCCAAGAAGUUCAAUCUUAAAGGUACGCAGCGUAAUCUGUCAGUAAAGUAGUUGACGGGUUCGACCUUAAUUCAAGCCGAGAAAGUUAAUCUUAUUUUGGAAUCUGCGAAUCGGAGCGCUUCGAAGUUACAAAGUCGUGAAACCAUCAUUACCGACAAAUUGGACAUUCAACUGAAGGUUGCUCCGAGAAACGAAGACGUUCAAGAUUGGAAACAUUUAUCGGACAUACAUUUUCCUCAAGUCGAACUAGAAGAAAUACUUAUCCUUAUCGGAGCUGAUAACCCUGACGCCUUCGUAACAGAGGAGGUCAGACCAGGUGGUCACCAAGAACCAUGGGGAUUCAAAUACACAUCGGGAUGGGCCCUGCUAGGACCUACAAGUAUAGAAUCCAAUAACAAUGUAGCAGUUCACCUUCUGCAAAAUUCGAAGAAUUAUAACUGCGAAGAGUUGGGUCUGCAAAAGCAACUAAAUCAUUCGGUUCUUCCGAGAAGAUGGUUUGAGCGUUAUAACUAG